AUGGCAAAUAACCUCCCGCAAGCCCAAUCUCUUGUUAAAUAUGACACCAAAAUCCAAGUUUCUACUUCCUUAAAGGGCAAAGGCAAAGGAAAAAACAUCCCAGGAAGGCCGAACGUCCCUGCCGACAAAGCUCAAAUUGAAGAUGUCCUCAACUCUGUGCUCCCCCCUAGAGAAAGUACCGAAGACGGUCAACUCUGGGUCCAAUAUGUUAGUUCAAACCCUGCAACCACCCAAGAUGUAAUAAAACUCCAAGAGCAGCUUGAUAACUUACUUGAGCUUCGGCAAGCAAGAGAAACUGGGAUCUGUCCUAUUCGAGAAGAGCUCUAUAGUCAAUGUUUCGAUGAGCUUAUAAGGCAGCUAACAAUUAUUUGCACAGAAAGAGGGCUUUUACUGCUAAGAGUCAGAGACGAGCUGAGAAUGACUAUUCAGUCUUACCAAACUCUCUAUGAAAGCAGCAUUGCUUAUGGUAUGCGAAAAGCCUUGCAAGCUGAACAAUGAAGAGCUGAAACAGACGCUGAUAUAAAGAAACUCAUAGAAGAAUGUGAAAAUCUGACAGCGGAGGUAGACGAGCUUGACCAAGAAAUUGAAGAAAUCGAGCAAAAAGAAAAAGAGCGUGAAGAAAUCGAAGCAAGAGCCCACACGGAAGAAAUCGAGUUCAGGAAGAAAACCAACCAAAGACUUAAAGACCAGCUUGAAGCUUUGCUUUCAACCCCUAACAGUAAGUAA